AUGAAUUCGCUAGUCGCAACGUUAAAGGCCGACGAAGCAGUUAACUGGUUUCAGAAACGUUUGAACAAUGCUGUUAAUUAUGGACUUUCUUCUGAAGAAUCCAAUAUGUUUGACAUUUUUAUUACAUCAACUUUGGCUGAUGUUGACAUAAAAAAGCAGAUAAUCAAUAUAGUACUUCCAACAUUUUUUGAUAACUUAAUAUCAAGGAAAGUCAAUAAAUCGACUAUAGAUGCACAAGCCACUCUAAUAAGAUUGUUUAUUAAAUAUUAUGGAGGAACAUGCAAUCAGUUUAAGAAUGCAUUAGAUAAAUUUACAACUAAAGCACUAAGCGAGUGUUUUAAUGAAGAUACUAUUGUUUUCAAAGUGACAAAAUAUCUUGCUUUAUAUCCUCAAUGUGGUGGUCGUGGGCAACAAGGUAUACAUCAUGCUGAAGCUUGGACUUGUCAAUUUAAUGAUUAUUUAUACUCUGCCAAUUAUUUUUUGAACCAACUGUAUACUAAUGUUAAUUUCUUCUUUGGAACAGAUGUGACCGAUAAUUAUGAAGGAAAAUUUGAUGUGUCAAUUUUUAAAUUAUCUGAACUUACAAAAAUGACUCCUAAAGAACGUUAUGAAAAGUUGACAUCAAUAUUUAUAUUUUUCAAUACAGCAAUUCAAUCAAUGUUGUUGUCCAUGUUUUCUACUGUAAAACAUUUUGAUUCUAACAAAGUUAUUCAAUUUGCUCUCUGUACUUUAUCUGUUACUUCGGAAAAACUUAACGCUACAAUGAUUACUGAAGAUGUAAUUGCUUUAGAUUCUGUUUUAUGGAAAUUACACUCUUCUGCCAUCAAAACAAUAUCAGCUCUUAUUAAAUGUUGUGGAAGGAUUUUAAUACCUCAAGGAACAUUAAUUUGUCGUAUUUUAAUACAAUCCUUAAACAUGACACAUUUUAAUUCAUCAAAUGCUCAAUAUGGUACCACAAGAUCUAAAUUGCAACAGCGUGUGUUAACAUAUCAAGUUCUAUGCUCGUGGCUAGCUGUGGCUGGGUCACAGAGUUCACUCGAAUUGUUCAGUGAAAGCCUUACUUCUGGGAUUUUGUUUGAUAUCAAAUUUGAUAAACCAAUUCUAAAUUUAGUUGUUGAUAAACAAACAGGUAACAAAAAAAGAAAGAGUGGGGCUCUAAAUCAAAAAAUUAUUAAUCAACGUGAUACAAUUGUUAUGCAUGAUUAUCUUGCGAAUAAAACUGUGUGUAAUGAAGCUCAUAAAACACUUCAAUUAUUUUUAAACACCUUGUCUUCAAAUUUGAAAGUUCAACAAUUCAAAAUUUUUCAAAGUACAAUCAUGGGUUUGCUAUUAGAAAUUAUUAAAUGCCAACGACCAAAUGAUUAUCCUCUACCGUAUUAUGACGAUUUGUGUCGUUUUAACUUGUAUAAAUCAUUAUUAGCUUUGAUUAUAUCACCACAUCCACAAUGUAUUACACAUACAUCUGUAGCAUUACGUGUUUUUACUUUUGGUAUAACUGAUCGUAAUGAAAAAGUAAAAGAAGUUUGUAGAUCAUCAUUAAGCGAGCUUGAACAUAUUAUCCGUCCACGUAAUGAUACAUUAUUUUUCCCUCUUGAAAAUGAAAUAGAAAUUCCGCCAUGCACUCAAAGCACUGUACCAGAAAAUAAAACUCAUUUUUUAAAUGAAAUAGUUGAAGAUUUGACUGUACCCAUUCAAGUAAAAGAAUUAAAAAAUGUUCAACCAAAUAAAAUUUCACAAUCUACUCAAAGUAAUAUAUCAGAGAACAAAACUGAAAUAAUAAAUGAAAUAGUGGAAGACUCUACUAUACCCGUUAAAGGAAAAGAAGUUAAAAUUAUUAAUACUGAGAAUGUCCAGCCUAAUACAAUUCCGCAAUCUGUUCAAAACACUAUCCCAGAAAACAAAACUAAUAUUUUCAAUAAAAUCGUUAAAGAUUUAACUUCACCCAUUGAAGUAAAGACAUUGUUAACACAGUUAGACAAUGUUAAUACUGAAAAUGUUCACCCAAAUAUUGUAAUAGAAUCUAUGGAUGCUGAUAACAGUAUGGAUUCAAGCUCAGUUGACGAAUCAUUAAUAAUUAACAAAGAUUCGGAAGAUGAAGAUUAUACAGAUAUGCUGAAUGACUUUAUAGAGAGUGAUUAA